AUGACAAAAAAACAACAACUCAUAGACUUAGUGCUUACAAUGAUUGCAAAACUUCCUCAAGAUUCAGGAGCCAAAAUCUCAUCCAAAUUUGAAAAUCUUGAAAAAUUGCUCAAGACUAAAACCAAUAAUCCUGAAGAAGUUGAUGCUCUUAAGCAAGCCAUGAUAACCAUGCCCAUAAAGAUUAACGAACUAUGUGCUGAAAUUGAAGCUAAUGAGGUCUAUUACAAUGCUCUUGAUGAAUUACAAAUGCCACUAUCAGAGAAUGAUUUCUUGCAAAAAUGUGAACUUUUGACUUGGCCCAAGAGAAUUGAAAAACAAAUGGAAAAGACUACAAAGAUAUUGAGAAUUGACAAUGAGCGAUAUCAAAGAGAAAUGGAAAUAGAACAAGCAUCUUUCAUAAGCACAAUGGACGCUCUAGAAGUCGCGGUUGCAAACUUUGCAAUAUUCACCGAUUUGAACCAAACAAAAACGAUUGCUCAUGAUGCCCACGCCCUCAAUGAUCGUAUUAUUAAAGCCAUAGAGCAAUCUCGACUCUUCAAUUCGCGAGAAUUUUUAUUUGGAGUUGUAUUGACGGACUAUGGUCAAUUGAAAAAAAUAGUGGAUGAAUUUGCACCUUUUUUUUAUUUGUGGGAUACGGCACAAUGUUGGGAUACAUCCUACCAAUUAUGGAUGAAUGAUCCAUUUGAUUCUCUUAAUGCUACAUUAGUGGAUAAUAAUGUCAAUGGUUGGUGGAAAGGUUUAUUGAAAACAUUUCGUGAAUUUCAAAAACGGGAGUUAGUUUCCCAAGCUAUAUCUAGUGAAUUCAUUCGAUCCCAGGUUGCUGAAUUUAAACCAUAUUUGCCAUUAAUUCAUGCAUUGCGCCAAGAAGGUAUGCAUGACCGGCAUUGGAAGCAAAUUUCAAGUGCAAUAAAUUUAGAUGUUGAACCUUCUCGUGAAUUCACUUUGUUAUCUGCAAUAAACAUGGGUUUACUUGAUCAUCUCCAUGAAAUCCAAGAGGUAUCAGAAUUGGCUUGUAAAGAAUACAGUAUAGAAAUGGCAUUACAAAAAAUGCAAGAAGAUUGGAAUUCACUUGAAUUACAGAUUAUUCCUUACAAAUCAACAAAGACUUAUAUCAUGAAGAUUGAAGAUUCUACUCUUCAACAAUUAGAUGAUCAUAUUGUGUUGACACAGUCAAUGAGUUUCUCCCCAUUCAAAAAACCAUUUGAAGGCAUCAUUGAUAAAUGGGAGGCUUUGUUGGUUUUGGUAUCAGAAAUUAUAGAGGAAUGGUUUAAAGUGCAAAGACAAUGGAUGUAUUUGGAACCCAUUUUUAAUAGUGAAGACAUUAAAACACAAUUGCCCAUUGAAAGCAAGCGAUUUGAUCAAGUUGACCUCAUUUACCGAAGAGCUAUGGCAACCACAUUUACAACUCCAACCAUCCUUACUAUGUGCUCAAGCAAAACACUAUUGGAAAAUUUCAAAGAAUCUAACAGACUCUUGGAGAUGAUACAAAAAGGGCUCUCAGAUUAUUUGGAAACUAAGCGUUUGGCAUUUAGUAGAUUUUUCUUUCUUUCAAAUGAUGAGUUACUUCAAAUUUUGUCACAAGCUAAAAACCCAUUAGCAGUGCAACCUCAUCUACGGAAAUGUUUUGAAGCCAUUGAUAAACUAGACUUUAUGGAGGAUUUAACUAUCACAGCCAUGAAUUCUGGAGAAGGAGAAAAGAUUUUAUUUCCAACAACAAUGCAACCACUUGGAAAUGUUGAAACUUGGCUCAGUGAGGUUGAGAUUAAAAUGAGACAAAGCAUUCACUGGCAGUGUAAGCAUGCCUUGGUUGCAUACAAGAGUGUGGCAAGGACAACAUGGGUCCAAGAAUGGCCAGGGCAAAUAGUUUUGGCAGGAAGCUCAAUUUUUUGGACUGAAGGUGUCGAAAAAGGCAUCAACACCAACACCAUGCAAGAAUUUUUUGACAAAGUCCAGGUUGGACAACUACUGGGAUUAACCGACCUUGUUCGAAAGCCGCUCAAGAAACUCGCCCGCCUCACUCUUGUCGCUCUCAUUGUUAUCGAUGUCCACGCUCGCGACGUCGUGCAACAACUCAUCAAUGAAAAGACGGCGGCGGUGACGGAGUUCGAGUGGGUGAGCCAGCUGCGCUACUACUGGGAGAACGACGGCGUGUGGGUGAAGAUGGUGCAAGCUAGUUUGGCUUACGGGUACGAGUACCUGGGCAACACGCCGCGCCUGGUGAUCACGCCGCUCACCGAUCGAUGCUAUAUGACGCUCAUGGGCGCGCUGCAUCUCAAUCUGGGUGGUGCGCCCGCGGGACCGGCUGGCACGGGCAAGACCGAGACCACCAAGGACUUGGCGAAAGCCAUGGCCAAGCAGUGCGUAGUCUUUAACUGCUCCGACGGUCUCGACUACCUCGCUAUGGGCAAGUUCUUCAAGGGCCUCGCUAGCAGCGGCGCCUGGGCCUGCUUCGACGAGUUCAAUCGUAUCGACUUGGAGGUUCUGUCUGUCAUCGCCCAGCAAAUCCUUACCAUCCAGCUCGCCAUCCAGCAAAAGAUGGAGCGCUUCAUCUUCGAAGACACCGAGAUCUCCCUGGAUCCUUCCUGCUCCGUUUACAUCACCAUGAACCCCGGGUAUGCUGGACGUUCUGAGCUUCCCGACAACCUGAAAGCUUUGUUCAGGCCAUGCGCGAUGAUGGUGCCUGAUUAUGCACUGAUCGGAGAGAUAAGCCUGUUUUCGUUUGGUUUCCGCAAUGCGAAACCACUGGCGGCGAAAAUGGUGACGACUUUUAAAUUGUGUUCGGAGCAACUGUCAUCGCAGGACCAUUACGAUUAUGGCAUGAGAGCCGUGAAGAGUGUGAUCACCGCCGCCGGGAAUUUGAAGCGAGCGUACCCAGAUGAGAGCGAGGAAGUGCUGCUACUUCGAGGGCUUCGGGACGUGAACGUGCCUAAGUUCUUAACUCAGGAUUUGCCAUUGUUCUCAGGGAUCAUCACUGAUCUGUUUCCAGGAGUAGUGCCUCCGGCGAUCGUUUACAGCGAUCUGUUAGAUGCCCUUUCAAGAUACUGUCUCAAAGCCUACCUCCAACCAGUGGCUGCUUUCACAGACAAGAUCAUUCAACUUUAUGAAACCACUCUGGUGAGGCAUGGUCUCAUGCUCGUCGGUCCCACGGGAGGUGGCAAAACUUGCAAUUAUCGAGCUCUCGCCGGAGCCAUGUCCCUGCUCUCCAACGAAGGCUCUGAAAAAUACGACCGGGUUCGGAUUGCUUGUUUGAAUCCGAAAUCUAUAUCGAUGGGGCAGUUGUAUGGAGACUUUGAUGAGAACACGCAUGAAUGGACGGACGGCGUUCUGGCUUGUUACAUGAGGGAGUUGGUUGAGGACACGUCUCCAGCGAAAAAAUGGCUCAUGUUUGAUGGACCUGUGGACGCCAUCUGGAUUGAAAAUAUGAAUACUGUGUUGGAUGACAAUAAGAAGCUUUGUUUGGUGAGUGGGGAAAUCAUACAAAUGUCCAACACCAUGACCAUGAUGUUUGAGGUUGAGGAUUUGGCAGUUGCAUCCCCAGCCACGGUGAGCAGAUGUGGCAUGAUCUACUUGGAGCCUCAUGCUCGGGGCUUUGAACCUCUACUAAACUCUUACAUUCAAAGGCUUAGCAAAGACUUACGACAAGUCGGUGAAGACACAAUCCGGGAUUUGUUUUGGAAGGUUUGCAAUCCAUGUAUCCAACACGUGACGAAGAAGCUCAAACAAACAGUUUCUACAACACAAGACAACAUGGUUCUCGGAACCUUCAACAUAAUGGAUGCAUUGAUGGCUGGUUUUGCUAAGAAUGAAGGAACAGAACUCAGCACAGAGGACAAAAUGCGAGCCAAACAAGUCAUUGAACCUUUUUUUAUCUUUUCUAUAAUAUGGUGUGUGGGCGCUACUUGUGACAACAAUGGUCGAGUCAAAUUCGAUGCAUUCAUGCAAGAAUUAAUUUCAAAGGUUGAUUUGAAGUCCCCUCUUCCUUUGGAAUGGAAUCUAUUUGGUGCACGUUUUGAUCCCAUGAGUUAUCAAUGGCAAAAAUGGUUUGAGACGAUUCCGCCUUAUAAAUGUGACCCAAACCAACCAUUUUCACAACUGAUUGUGCCCACGGUUGACUCCAUUGGAUACAAAUAUGUUGUGCACCACUUAAUUAUGAUCAACAAGCACAUUUUGUGUGUAGGUGAAACAGGAACGAGUAAGACUUUGGUAAUAAGUGAUAAAUUGCUAAAUAAUCUUGACCAACAGUUCAUACCCAUGUUCAUUAAUUUCUCAGCACAAACUAGUGCAAAUCAAACACAAGAUUUGAUAGAUUCUAAAACAGAGAAGCGCCGGAAAGGCAUCUUUGGCCCUCCUUCACUAAAAAAGUAUGUGAUCUUUGUGGACGAUGUGAACAUGCCACAAAGAGAGAAAUAUUUCGCACAACCACCCAUUGAAAUCUUGCGGCAAUGGAUGGACCAUGAAGGGUGGUACGACCGCAUCCCACCGUGCGCCUUCCGCACAUUGGUUGACAUCCAAUUUGUGGGGUGCAUGGGGCCUCCUGGCGGAGGUCGCAACCCUGUCACCAUGCGCUUCCUCCGCCACUUCAACUUCUUGUCCUUCACGGAAAUGGCCGACCAUAGCCUCUUCCUCAUCUUUUCCACCAUUUUGAAUGCCACAUUAAAUACCCUCUUCAACAUGGACAUCCAAAGUUGCGGUGAAGACAUUGUAAGAGGAAGCAUUGAAAUUUACAACACCAUCCGGAAGGAGCUUCUUCCCACCCCGGCAAAGUCUCAUUACACGUUCAAUCUCCGCGAUCUUAGCAAAGUCAUUCAAGGAAUUCUUCAAGCAGACCCCCAACAAUGCAAAGCAAAAGAAACUAUCAUUUCCCUUUGGGUGCAUGAAGCCAUGAGGGUCUUUUCCGAUCGGCUAGUAAACAGUGAUGACAGAGCAUGGUUUGAGAACAACAUAUCAAAACAAUUAGAUGCACGAUUUGGUCUGCCAUGGGAGUUCUUGUUCGAAUCAUCUAAACCACUUGUGUUUUGUGAUUUCUAUCAUCCCGGAUCAGAACCCCCAAUUUAUGAAAAGGUGGAUGACAUUCAUGCCCUUCAAAAAAUUGCGGAGAAUUAUCUAGAAGAGUAUAAUAGCACAAGUAGUGCACCCAUGAAAUUGGUUUUGUUUUUGGAUGCCGUUGAACACUUGGCGCGCAUUUGUCGUGUUAUACGCUUGCCACUUGGCAAUGCCCUUUUGUUGGGAGUUGGAGGAAGUGGAAGACAAAGUUUGACCCGACUGGCAGCAUUUGUGGAAGAGUAUGAAAUUUUUCAGAUUGAAAUUGCCAAAGGGUAUGGCAAAAAUGAAUGGAAAGAAGACUUAAAAAAGAUAUUAUUAAAAGCAGGUCUUGAUAAUAAGCCAACAGUUUUUUUAUUUUCAGAUACUCAAAUCUUAUACGAGUAUUUUCUAGAAGACAUCAACAAUAUUUUAAACUCAGGAGAUGUGCCAAAUUUGUGGAAAAAUGAAGACCAAGACCUAAUAGCAAAUGCUAUGCAGCCCAUCUUACUUGCCAAAGGCAUACAAGUCACAAAGAUAGCAAUAUCAAGUGAGUUUUUGAAUAGAGUUAGAGCCAAUCUUCACGUGUGUAUCGCUAUGAGUCCCAUUGGAGAUGCUUUCCGAACAAGGUUGUGGAUGUUUCCAUCACUAGUGAAUUGUUGCACCAUUGAUUGGUUCUUUGAAUGGCCACAAGAAGCUUUAAUUUCUGUCGCUCAAAACUUCUUAAUGGCAACUGAAAUGCUUUCAAGUGUAGAAGUCACCAAAAUUACAAGUAUUUGUGUAUUCAUUCAUCAAUCUGUUGAAAGAAAGACAAAGGAGUUUUUUGAAGAACUUCGACGCUACAAUUAUGUAACACCCACAAGUUAUUUGGAACUUUUGAUGUGUUUUACGAAACUUUUGAAAGAGAAGCGAGAAGAUCUCGAAGGGCUCAAAGGGCGGCUAAUGGUGGGCUUGGACAAGCUACUCACCACAGCCAACGAGGUCUCUGUAAUGCAAGACGAGCUUGUGGUAUUGCAACCCAUAUUGAUUAAAACAGCAAAUGAAGCCGACAACAUGAUGGCAACUAUUGCUAUUGAUCAAGCCGAUGCUGCAAAAACAAAAGCUGUUGUCGAAAAGCAAGAAGCUGCAGCCAAUAAGAUGGCUGCGGCCGCAAAAGCCAUAGCUGAUAGUGCACAAGCAGAGUUGGACGUGGCCUUGCCGGCACUUGAUGCGGCAUUGUCAUCCCUCAAGAACCUCACACGGAAUGACAUUGUGGAGGUGAAAUCUCUCCGGAACCCUCCCAAUGGUGUGAAGAUGGUUCUGGAAGCCACAAGCAUUAUGUUUGCCGUGACACCUAAAAUGACCAAUGAUCCCAACAAGAUGGGUAAAAAAAUACCUGAUUAUUGGGAAGCUAGCGGAAAAUUGUUAGCAGAUCCAACCAUAUUUCUGGACUCCCUCUUGAAUUUUGAUAAAGACAAUAUCCCUGAUGCUGUAAUAGAAAAAAUUGAACCAUUCAUUGAAAUGGAAGCCUUUACUCCCACUCAGGUGGCCAAGGUGUCCAAGGCAUGCACAUCUAUUUGCAUGUGGGUCCGUGCAAUGCACUCCUAUUAUUUAGUUUGUAAGGUGGUUGCUCCCAAACGUGCCCAAUUGGAGGUAGCUAAUGCUCAAUUUGCGGAGGUUAUGGUGGAAUUAAAUGGUGCACGUUUUAAAUUAUCGGAGGUGGAGACAAAAUUAGCUCGGCUUCAAGAUGAACUAGAUGCAGCACUUGAUAGAAAAGAAACAUUUGCACACCAAGCUCAAGUUGUAGAACAAAAAUUAGACCGAGCUGGAAAACUCAUUGGUGGCCUUGGAGGAGAACAAGCCCGAUGGAUUGCAAACAUUGCUCGCAUUGACAUUGAUUUAACGUUUGUUGUCGGUGAUGUUAUUAUUGCCGGAGGGCACAUUGCAUACUCAGGACCAUUCAUUCCUUCUUACCGGGUCUCUCUUAACUUAGAAUGGUUACAAAAACUCAAAGAUCUUGAGGUUCCUCAUACACCAAAUACAACACUUCAAUUGUGCUUAAAAGACCCUGUUCAAAUGCGUGCUUGGAAUAUUGCGGGAUUACCAAGUGAUUCCCUUAGUGAAGACAAUGGCAUUAUCAUCUCCAAAGCACGGAGAUGGCCCCUCAUGAUUGACCCUCAAGGGCAAGCAAAUAAGUGGAUAAAAAACAUGUUCAAAGAUGUUGGGUGUGAUGUCAUCAAACUCUCCGAGAAGGACUAUUUGAGGACAUUAGAGAAUGGAGUGCGAUUUGGCCGAAUCAUUUUACUAGAGAAUAUUUUGGAGGUAUUGGAUCCGGCACUUGAGCCUUUGCUUCUACGACAAACAUUUCAACAAGCCGGACAAGAAGUCAUUAAAAUUGGAGAUAACAUUAUCCCAUAUCACCAACACUUCCGCUUAUACUUAACCACCAAACUCAGAAAUCCACAUUAUCCUCCUGAGGUUUGUGUGAAGGUCACACUUCUCAAUUUCUUUGUGACAAUGGAAGGCUUAGAAGAUCAGUUGCUGGGAAAUGUCAUUGAGUUUGAAAGACCCCAUCUCGCAGAGCACAAAGUCCAACUCACACUUUCAAAUGCAAAAAUGCGAGCCCAAUUGAAACACCUCGAAGCCCAAAUUCUGCACCUACUAGCCAAUUCAAAGGGAAAUAUUCUAGAUGAUGAGGUACUAAUCAAUACUUUGGCUGAGUCAAAAAUGACUUCUGAUGAUAUCAAAGUCAAAGUAGCAGAUGCUGAAAAAACAGAAUUGUCAAUAGACCAAACUCGUGAGGUUUAUCGACCGGUGGCCAAUCGGGCAUCUCUACUAUUUUUUUGUAUUUCAGAUUUAGCAACUGUGGAUCCCAUGUACCAAUAUAGUUUGCCAUGGUUCAUUCAUCUCUUCACCAAAGCAAUUCAAAGUGCUAAAUUAGAUUCUAAUGUGCAACAACGAAUUGUAAACCUCAAUGACUAUUUCACAUACUCCCUAUACAUCAACGUAUGCCGCUCAUUAUUUGAAAAACACAAAUUGAUGUUCUCUCUCAUGCUUUGUAUCAAAAUUCUACAAGGAUUAGGCCGUAUACAUGCACAAGAAUGGAGAUUUUUAUUACAAGGAGGGACAUCAACAGCUUUUAAAGAACCCAACCCAGAUCCAAGUUGGAUCAGUGAAAAGGUUUGGAUGGAGAUAUUGAACCUAGGCAUGCUUCCAAAUUUCCAAGGCAUAGGUCAACAUGUUGCCAAAAAUCUUGCGCACUAUAAAAAUUAUUUUGAUUCGAGCACACCUCAUCAAUUGCCCUUAGCUAGAGAAUGGAACAUCAACUUGUCGCAAUUCCAAAAACUUUUGCUCUUGCGUUGUAUUCGGCCCGACAAAGCCCUCCUUGCCACCGUGGAUUUUGUGUCAGUUGAAAUGGGCCAACAAUUUACAGAACCUCCAGCUUUUGAUUUGCACUCAUGCUUCAAAGAUGGAGGUCCAGCAACACCUCUCAUUUUUGUGCUCUCAUCUGGUGCUGACCCCAUGGCAGAUCUGUUGAAACUCGCAAAUGUGCAUCGCUUUUCUAAGAAAUUUGAAAAGGUUUCAAUGGGGCAAGGCCAAGGUCCAAAAGCAGAGAAGUUGUUGAUGUAUGGUAUGGAGCGUGGAAUGUGGGUGUGUUUACAAAAUUGCCACCUCUCCCAAUCUUGGAUGCCGACUCUAGAUGUUAUUGUUGACAACAUUGACAUUGAAAAGGUGCACAAAGAUUUCCGACUAUGGUUAACAAGCAUGCCAAGUUUGGACUUUCCCGUAGCCAUACUCCAAAAUGGAGUGAAGAUGACCUUGGAGCCUCCACGAGGCCUUCGAGCCAACCUUGUUCGGGCCUAUUUGCGCUACAAUGACAAAUACAUGAAUGAUUGCUCUAAUCCUGAAGCAUGGAAACGACUUCUUUUUGCCACUUGCCUCUUCCAUGCGGUUAUUCAAGAGCGUCGAAAAUUUGGACCAUUGGGUUGGAACAUCCAGUAUGAUUUCACGGAUGGGGAUUUGAGUAUUUGCCAAGUUCAGGUGCAAAUGUUCCUUAAUGAGUACCCAGAAAUCCCUUACAAGGUGAUCAGAUUUUUGAGUGGAGAAAUCAAUUAUGGUGGUCGAGUUACAGAUGAUAAAGACCGCAGGUGUAUGAAUACACUUCUUAUGACAUUUGUUACAAGAGAGAUUGUGGAGACAAAGGGCUACAAGUUCAGCGAGUCUGGCAUCUUUGCAGUUCCUGAAGGAAUAACCACACUGAAUGGAUACUUGGGGUACAUACGAGAGUUGCCAUUAACCCCAAAACCUGAAAUCUUCGGCCUUCAUGAAAAUGCGGACAUCACGUGUGACCAAAAUGAGACGUAUGAUCUCUUUGGAACACUUCUAGGGUUACAACCAGGGGAGCAAACAAAGAAAGGAGAAGGAGGAGAAAAGGGGCCAUCACGAGAGGCUAUAAUUGAGAAGACAUGCUUGGAGAUUCAAUCGUUGAUGCCAGCCGUGUUUGAUAUGGUGCAUGUGUUGGAAAAGUAUCCGACAACAUACGAGGAGAGCAUGAACACGGUGUUGACACAAGAAUGCAUCCGAUACAACGGCCUUAUUGCUACAAUUACCACCUCCCUUGUUGAUGCAUUGAAGGCACUCAAAGGAUUAGUGUUCAUGUCCACCCAACUUGAGUUGCUUACUAUCAAUGUGUUUGCCAAUCAGGUUCCGGAAAUGUGGCAAGGGAAGGCCUACCCUUCUUUGAAACCAUUGGCUUUGUGGGUGAAAGACUUGCUUGAAAGAUGCACUUUUAUUUCAACAUGGAUUGACAAAGGUGCUCCAGGAGUGUACUGGAUUUCCGGAUUCUUUUUCCCUCAAGCUUUUUUGACAGGUACACUUCAAAACUUUGCAAGGAAGAACAAGAUGCCUAUUGAUACAGUGCAAUUUGACUUUGUGCACAUGGACCAUCUUGUAAUGGAAUCCAUCAAAGAGCCUCCACAAGAUGGAUGUUAUAUCUGCGGUCUGUCUCUUGAGGGUGCACGAUGGGAUUAUGUGCACCAUGUAUUGGCUGAAUCCCAUCCCAAGGAGUUGUAUACCAAUUUACCCAUUAUAUGGUUGUAUCCUAAACAAUACCGGGAACUACCUUCCAAAGGCUUCUACAAUUGUCCAGUCUACAAAACCCUACUUCGUGCUGGUACAUUGUCAACUACAGGACAUUCCACCAACUUUGUGAUGUUCAUGGAAUUAGCUUCAGACCAACCUCAAGCCAAAUGGAUAAAUAGAGGGGUUGCUCUUUUCACAAGUCUUGCAUUUUAAGUAUAGUUAAUAUUGAAACAAAGAAGUUGAGACUAGAUUAUCUAGAAAACAUCUUUGAUCAUUUGGAAUAGAAUGUGUCCAUGGAAGAUGUUUGGAUGAUGGUUGUUGUGUGAUUUGGUAGGCUGGGUACAUAAACAUGAAUAAACCCCAAUUGUUCUCUGUACUUAUGUCUAUUUGAUAUGUAAAUUUGGAUUUGUGUAAAAUAAUUCCAAAUUAAUCCAA